AAGGAUCUGCCAAUUGCUUGCGGGGCAGACGACAUGUGUUGUCGUGGCAUAGGUAAACACGCGCAGUAUCAACGACGACGGAACGGGGAGCAUCAGUAAGCGCUAAGCGCGCGACCGCAUAAGACAGUCACCGCAGCUACGUGUGUGCGUAACUGGCACACCUGGCGCGUCGGAAAUUAACACGGAGCAGCGAUGAAGACCACCGAGGCUCGACUACGAGUGGAACAGUUGAAGAAGGCAACCGAUCGGAUACAACGUGAGAUCGAGGAGGUAACCGAACGUGAACACGAGCUACGUAACGUCGGCAGCAUCAAAACUAUCUCUCACGAGACCGUUGAUUCUAAGGUGCGUCGUAUACCUCAAGCGCUGAAAGCGAGUACAGGUCGCCUCAAACGUACAACCUCUACGCCACAAAUCCUCGAGCCUUUGUCGGCAACAUUACUGACGGCACCCAAAAUGACGAACGGUGUGAUAUCGACAACGCGAACGACACCAACACCACUGCGAUUCGUCAACUCGCCAAGUCAAAAGGGUUUAAUGCAUCGUUUCUUAGCUACAAGGGGUAAAAUGUUUAAAAGUGGUGAAGUUAAUGGACCGACAAUUAUAUUAAAUCCGGAGAGUAUUAAGGCAUUGAAUAGAAGUUUGUCGGAGAAAAAUGGGGAGAACGGUCGUGAGGAUGUUGAACCUAAGAGGCCACCGACGAGGAAAGGCUUCGUUCCGGUCGAGAAAAAGAUUCAAAAGGAGCUUAGUGAGAUGAAGGAACGAGAGAAUGAGCUGAGAUUAAUGCGGUCGCAGAUGUUGGCAAAAUCACAACCUAAUCUGGCGGACCUGUCUAACGAUAACGACUCGGAUAUCUAUGACGGCGCGAACUCGUUAAGAAGUGGAACGUCGACUAACACUCUAAAUGAUGAUGAACCAGAAAAAGAAAACAAAGGGAGGCACAAGCCGCAUCCACGACGACGAAGCAAUCUGAUUGCACAAUGGGAAAGUUUGAUAGCGGCAAAAAAGGAGGCCAGCGAAAAUGGCAACGACAAUGCCAACACCGUCUAAGUCAAACGCGCUAACUUUUAUUGUUUGACAAUAAAAUGAAUUUUGGGCAAUCGCGUAUGCUGCCUUAAAACGAGAUAACGCACGUGGCGUGUUAUAUAUCACAAGCGGUAGUGAUCGUAUUUUUUCUCGUUGCAUGCAAUUUUUUUAUGCCGAUACUCGAUGAUUUUUGUAAAAAUAUUUUGCAUUUAAAAGCAGUAACUUUUUGCAUCGCUCUUAAACUACAACUAUGUAUAUUCAACGUGUUUAUGCAGCCAGUACAUACAAGAGAAAAAUUUUAUAAAAAUACCAAAACAUGUUGUCAGUGUGUUCUACGUGCGUCAAUCAAGAUAAAUGCGUAUUGUGAAAAUAAAAAGAUUUUUUUAUUAAGCAGUGCAAAAACGAAAAGUCAACAUAGCGAUCAAAUUAUUUUAUCAAGAAGCUUCCGCAUCACAAUGAUUCAGUAUUAACAUCAAGAGUCCAUGCAAAAGUUGGACUAAAGUUUAUUUUGGAUACUACAAUAGUGUAUAAAGUCUGAAGGCUAAACCUAGAUGCUAAAUUUCCUAACAAGUGUAUUUCGUAUUAAAACAAAAAUGUACGUAAAUACUAAAUUGAGAAUCGAACGUUUGUCGCUGAAGUGAUAAUUGUAAAACUUUAAAUCUGUAUAUAAGUUAUAAAAGGAAUAUCCUGAUAUAUCAAAAAGAUUAUUAUAUAAACAUAUGUAUAAUUUUAUAAGCCAUAAAUUAUUUUUAAAUGCAUAUUUACAACAUCAUUCUUUAUAAAUACUAUUUGUGUAGAUUUUGUAGUGCACGAGGUAUCAAUUCUUGUAAUGAAAUCCUAAUUAAAUGUGUAUUGAAGCAGAGUGAAUAAUGUAUUUUACAUAUUAACACGUAUCAUCUCUUAUAAUUUUAAGAUAAA